AUUUGUUAAAUAGUUUUAUUAUAACAAAAUGUUUAAUAUUUUCAAUAUAAAAACUAUAUGUUUUACAACGAAAAUAUAUCAAUUUGAUAUAGCCUACAUUUAGGCACUCCUACGUGUUUAUCUUUCAAUUUUCGUGAUUUCUUUCUUUAUAAAAUUUAAUUAACAACGAAUUUAAAUGCAAAAAAAAGAACUUAAUAUUUAAAUAACAAUAUAAAAAUAAUAAUUAAAUCAGUAAAUUUCGUAUCCUAAAUACAAAUUGAAAUAUUUUGUUUGUUUGUUUAGAGUUAGUGUAUUGCGGUUGAGAGUGAGUUAUUUUAUAUAGAAAAAAAAAAAAAAAAAAAAAAACUAAAAGAAGUAGAAAAUGCCUGAGCAAAGUAAUGAUUAUCGAGUUGUGGUGUUUGGUGCAGGUGGUGUAGGAAAAAGUUCACUGGUUUUAAGAUUCGUUAAAGGAACUUUUAGAGAAAGUUAUAUUCCAACUAUAGAAGAUACAUAUCGGCAGGUAAUAAGCUGUAAUAAAAAUAUAUGUACGUUACAAAUCACAGAUACAACGGGAUCUCAUCAAUUUCCCGCAAUGCAACGACUCUCAAUAUCGAAAGGUCAUGCUUUUAUAUUAGUAUAUUCAGUAUGUUCAAAACAAAGUUUAGAGGAAUUACGACCGAUAUGGGAUUUAAUUAAAGAAUUAAAAGGUCAAGAUAUAACACAAAUUCCUGUUAUGCUUGUUGGAAAUAAAUGCGAUGAAAGUGCAGAAUUAAGAGAAGUUACUCAAACGGAAGGACAAGCUGAGGCGGCUAGUUGGGGUGUCAAUUUUAUGGAAACAUCAGCAAAAACAAACCAUAAUGUUACAGAACUAUUUCAGGAAUUAUUGAACCUUGAAAAAAAUCGUAAUGUAUCACUACAAUUAGAUGGUAAAAAAAGUAAAAAUAAAAAAUCAAAGAAAAAUAAAGAUGCAACAAAUGGUGCAGCAGUUUUAAAUGAUGGCGGAGAAGGCAGUAGUAGUAAUACAAAAGAAAAAUGUCAUAUUAUGUAAAGAAAUUAAUUAAUAAAAAAUACUUAUUACAAACAUUAUAUCCAAAAAUAAAAUUAUUAAUUAAUAAAAAAAAAAUAGAAAUAGAAACAGUUUAAAAAUCAGUUUAAUAAAUAUAAAUAUACUUGUAUAUAUACAAGCGUAUACAUGUACAUAUAUACAAAAUAUGUAUUAAUAAAUAAAUUUAUAAACGUAUGCGUAUUUGUAUACUUUAUCUAAAUAUACAUACAAUGUAAAUGUAUGUAUUAUGUACUUAUGUAAACAAUAAAUUAUAUAA